UUUCGAGCCACUCCCAGACCCGAGCGAGCACCAGCAGACGCAAGCGUCGUCCCUUCACUUCUCUGCUCGUUGCUCCAUCGAAAGUUGUUCGCGAUGAGGGUUCAGUCUCUCGUCAGAGCGCAGUCGCUUGCCUCUGGCAGCCUGCGCACCGCUGUUCGCACGGCUUCGCGGAGCCCUUUUCGAUGCGCUCUCUCAACCGCUGCCGCAUCGCGCACGCCCUUCACCGGCGGCUUGAAGACAGCCACAUGGAUCAACAACCAGCAGAAGAGAUGGCAAUCUGCAGCGGCGCAAGUGCUCGCGCAAGCAAAGGAUGACCCGUCAACACUGACCCAAGACGACAUCGUCGCCAACCUCGAUCCCGUCGAAUGGGAGCGUCUAUCACGAGUCCGCAACAUCGGUAUCGCAGCCCACAUAGACUCCGGAAAGACGACUGUCACCGAGCGCGUCCUCUUCUACACCGGUCGAAUCAACGCCAUCCACGAAGUGCGAGGUAAGGAUGCCGUGGGCGCAAAGAUGGAUUCAAUGGACUUGGAGCGUGAGAAGGGUAUUACCAUCCAGUCUGCAGCAACAUUCUGCGACUGGGUCAAGAAGGAUGACGAGGGCAAGGACGAAAAAUACCACGUCAACUUGAUCGACACACCCGGACAUAUCGAUUUCACCAUCGAAGUAGAGCGUGCGCUGCGAGUCCUCGACGGAGCCGUCAUGAUCCUCUGCGCCGUCAGCGGUGUACAGUCUCAGACAAUCACCGUCGACAGGCAGAUGAAGCGCUACAACAUUCCCAGGUUGUCGUUUGUCAACAAGAUGGAUCGCAUGGGCGCAAACCCCUGGAAGGCCGUCGAACAGAUCAACAAAAAGCUUCGCAUUGCUGCUGCCGCCAUCCAGGUUCCUAUCGGGCGCGAGGACAACUUCUUGGGCGUCGUGGACCUCAUCAAGAUGCAGGCACUCUACAGUGAGGGUGCUAAAGGCGAGACAAUCAGGGUCACAGACGAGAUUCCAGCGGACCUGGUAGAUCUCUGCAAGGAGAAGAGGGCGACACUCAUCGAGACCCUUGCGGAUGUGGACGACGAGAUUGCCGAGAUCUUCCUGAUGGAGGAGACACCCACUAUCCCUCAGAUCAAGGCUGCCAUUCGCCGCGCCACCAUCUCAUUGAAGUUUACACCCGUGUUGAUGGGCUCUGCACUUGCCGAUAAGUCUGUUCAGCCCAUGCUCGACGCCGUAUGCGACUACCUCCCCAACCCCUCCGAGGUCGAGAACAUGGCACUGGACAAGAAGAGGGCUGAAGCACCUGUGAAGCUUGUCUCGUACAACUCGCUGCCGUUCGUUGGUCUUGCUUUCAAGCUUGAGGAAAGCAACUUCGGUCAGUUGACCUACAUCCGUGUCUACCAGGGCACCCUGAGGAAGGGUAUGAACGUAUUCAACGCCAAGACGGACAAGAAGGUCAAGAUCCCCAAGAUCGUGCGUAUGCACUCGAACGAUAUGGAGGAAGUACAGGAGAUUGGUGCUGGUGAAAUUUGCGCCGUGUUCGGUGUCGACUGCGCGUCCGGUGAUACCUUCACUGACGGCGGUCUCGGAUACACUAUGACCUCUAUGUUCGUUCCCGAGCCCGUCAUCUCCCUUUCGAUCAAACCCAAGCACACCAAAGAUACCCCCAACUUCAGCAAAGCCAUGAACCGCUUCACCCGUGAAGAUCCCACAUUUCGCAUCCACGUCGAUCCCGAGUCCCAGGAAACUGUCAUCUCCGGUAUGGGAGAACUGCAUUUGGACAUCUACGUUGAGCGUCUGCGCCGUGAGUACCGCGUCGACUGCGAGACUGGUCAGCCUCAAGUCGCCUACCGUGAGACACUCACGCAGCGCGUCAAAUUCGACCAUACACUGAAGAAGCAGUCUGGUGGAUCUGGAGAUUUUGCGCGUAUUAUUGGAUGGAUGGAGCCCUCAGAAGCGCUUGCAGACAACAAGUUUGAAACCCAAGUCACUGGUGACAACCUGUCCGAGAAGUACUUGUACGCAUGCGAAAAGGGUUUCAACCAGUCCAUCGUCAAGGGUCCUCUACUCGGUCACCGUGUACUGGGAACUACUAUGGUCAUCAACGACGGAGCCACGCACGCUGUCGAUUCCAGUGAAAUGGCCUUCAAGAAUGCAACUGCCCAGGCUUUCCGCAAAACCUUCGCACAGGCAUCUCCUCAGGUCCUUGAGCCACUGAUGAAGACGACCAUUACUGCGCCUGCCGAGUUCCAGGGCUCUGUAAUUGGUCUGUUGAACAAGCGCAACGCCGUCAUCAUCGAUACUGAGGUCGGCUCCGAGGACUUCACCGUCUAUGCCGACUGCUCGCUCAACUCCAUGUUUGGUUUCAGCUCGUUGCUGCGCGCUAGCACACAAGGCAAGGGCGAGUUCAGUAUGGAGUUCAGCCACUACAGCCCCGCGCCGCCGCAGAUGCAGAAGGAGCUCAUUGCUAAGUAUGAGAAAGAAAGGAAGGAUAAGGACUAAAGAUAAUGCGUGGACGGGCUGUUGCGACUAAUUUCUGUUACAUUCUACCCUCGACUGAUGGAGGGAUAGGGCUUGCAUAUAGACGGGCGCAUCUUGGAAAACUUGGGUGUAUUGUAGUAUAGCUGUACAUGUACGAUUGAUGUGUGUAGGUACUGUAUGUAUGGGAAACAAAUGAUGUCCUGUC